UCUUAUCCACCGUUUUGAUUUUAUAUAUCAACAACAAUUAUAAGUGGAUGAAUUCUACAUUGUUUUCGUUGGAAUUUGAAAUUUUGAAUCUACUACGCUUUCAUACUUAUUGAAAAAAAAAUGACGACAACACUUUCGGAUGAAGAAUUUCGUCGAUUAAAUGAACAAUUAUGUGAACUAAAAAAUCAAAACUAUCAAUGUGAUGUAAAUUUACGAAAAGCAUUACAAGAUAAUCAAACAUUACGAGCAGAAAUUGAUCAACUUCGGCGACAACGUCGAACAUCAUCAUCAUCAGCAUCAACACCAUCAACGACGACGACGACGACGACAACGAAUGAAUCGACAGAAAAAUUGAAAAAAUUGAAUCCAUUUACAUUUGCUAAAAAUGUAGCCGCUAAAGUUGAUCAACGUUUACAUCAAUUUUCAUUGUCAUCAACAAAUGAUAAUCAUCAUCGUCAUCAUCAAAAUCAUGAUGAUUAUCAAUCAAAUCAAUCUGUCGAUAUAGCAAUAAUUGAACAAAAUUACCAGGUGAAAAUUAAUGAAUUAGAAACAAAAAUUCAACAAUUAGAAAUGAAAAAUUCGGAACUUUCUAAUAUCGAUACGAAUCGGAAUAAAUUUAUAUCCAUAAUCAAAGAAUUGAUUGAACGUUAUGUACAGGAAUCACGUCAACGUCAAUCACAGAUUUGUACUUUAACGGAUUCAUUUUGUGCCGAAUCAGAUUUUGAGCCAAUUGUUAAUGGAAAAAUUGAACAGGAACUAAUCGAUUCUAUUUCAAAUUUGGAUGAUUUUCAAUUGAUAUUUGUGAAAUUCAUUCAACAUUUUGAACAAAAACAGAUCAUAUUUGAAAAUGUUUUCGACAAAAUUCAUAAAAAACAACAAGAAUUAACGAAUGUGAUACAAUCAAAUGAUAGCUGUAAUGAUAUUAGUGAAAACAAUGAGAUAGAAGAAUGUGUCGAAAAAUAUGAAAAUUUAAUCAAAGAACGUGAUACGGAUAUUGAAAAAUUAAAUCAACAAUAUCAAAUUUUGGAAAAAACACUAACAGAAUUCGAAACAAUCAAAGUUGAAUCAGAAAAACAGAUAAAAACAUUGGAAAAUCGUAUUGUUGAAUGUGAAGAGGAUAAAAAAAUUAAUGAAAAACGAAGUCUUAAAUAUAUAAAAGAAUUACGAAAAUUGGUUAAUAGUGAAAAAAAUCGUGCAGAUAAAUUGCAAAAUAUUCUGAAUCAAGAAACAAUCAAUACGAAUACGAAUGUUGAUCAUCAGAAUAAUAAAACAGCAAAUGAAUGGACAAUAAAUAACAAUAAUAAUAAUAAUAGCGGUGCAGCUAGCGAUCGUUGUAGUAGUACAGGAUCAUGGACUUAUAUGAAUGAUCAAUCAUCAUCAUCAUCGGCAAUUGUUCCUAGUAAAAUUGAUCCAGAAUUUUCUGAUCUUGAAAUUUGUGAUAUAAAUAACAAAAACAUGGAUGAUAUUCAACAAUCUUCGAAACAGCAACAGCAACAACAACAACAAUCAUCAUCGAAAAAUCGUAAAUUUUCGAAUGGAAUGGCUAAAGAACGAUAUUUAGAAUCAGAAAAUAAUAAAUUAUUAGAAACAAUUGUCACCUUACAUCAGGAAAAAUGGUCAUUAGAAGAACGUGUCAAUAUUCUGGAACGUGAAUUACAACAAUGUUUACAGAAUUUAGCUAAUGGUAAUGGUAGCCCUAAUGAAAUAACAACAUCCAACAUACAAACACGACAACAAACAUCGCCAACUUCAUCGAAUAAUUCGAUAUUAAAAAUGAUCAACUUUAUACGGGAUAAAAGUGCCGAUACACAACAGAAUUCUAAACAACAGAUUAAUGAUGUACAUCGAAAAUUACAACGUAUGGUUGAAGAAAUAUUGACAAAAAAUAUGCAUCUUCAAGCUAAUCUAGAGGACAUGAGUCGUGAAUUGGAAUCAACUAAAGAUCGUCUUCGUCGUUAUGAAGAACCGACAACAUCGUCUAAAGCAUGAAAAACAAUUUCGACAAUAAUUACGUGAAGAUCAUAUUUUAAUGCAUUUUAUAUAACUUUUAUUAUUAUUAUUAUUAUUACAUCAUUCAAAUCAGAUUUAUGUAAUUUCAUAUUCAUCAACAUUUAUAUAAUUUAAAUAAUGAUAUAUAUAAUUUUGCCAUUUUAUGUUUAAGAGUGUGUGUAUGUGUGUGUGUGUUUCAUUAUUGCUCAUUCAGUUUUGUUUUUCUUUUUUUUCCAACAAGUGCAAUCCAUAAAAAAACGGAAACAGGAAAUGUAAACAAUCGCAAUAUUUUUAAAAAUAAAGUGAGAAAGAAUUAAGAGAAUAAAAUUUUAAACGAUAAUGGAAAUAAA